UCCCAGCAGGGGGCGCUGUGAGUAACUAACACUGAACACAGCCCUUCCUCUGUAGAGUUCAUGAACGCUUCUGACAUAAACGUCUGUCAUCGUCCGCCGCUGAAACUUACUAAAACACGGAUGUAGCGUUUCUCCCUUCGAGGACCCCGUUUGAAGAGGAUCACUGUGCAUUAGUCGUUUAUUCCACGAUGCGACAGAGGAAGGAGCUAUAGUUCGCGAACACAAUUCAUAAAGUGUACGAACCUGAACCAUGCAUCAUUUUGACAGACGUGAUGCUGAGGCCAGACUGCAAGGAGUCAUCCACGCCGAUCACCAGGCGUGUUUUAACAACAGCGCUGGACACGCGUCAGGAGCGCCUGACUGGGGUGCUUUGGGCACAUACCCACGAUACUCUGUUAACGAACCGCACGCGAGUAUGGGCGUGGACGACGUGGGGUGGGAGCGACCCAGCCCUCGUGCCCAAAACCACCACAGCAAGCAUUCGAGCCAGGUGGACGACCCAGAUGGAGAACCCCUGGAGAUCGAUAGCGACGACCCGGAGCUGACCAGGAAGCGCAACGAGCUCAGAGCAAUAGAGGAGCGAAUUGUGCAGAAGAAAGUUGCCAUUGCAUUAAAAAAUGUCGAGCCAUUUGUGACAAUGACAAUUCCAGGCUUCUGUGAUCAGGAGUCCUCUACAUAUGAAGGUGAAACUCUUCGAAACAGAGUGAAUGUAAUUCUGCAGCAACGGCAAUCUCUCGGUAUUCUAUCGAAGGUCCAGUCACCAAAGAAAUCGCCAAGCCUGAGAAAAGAGAGUUUGCUGCAAGAAGACCAUCCUCUGAAAUGCAGAGUCAAAGCAUUAAUGAAGAAGAGAUGCCCCGAUCCCUGUGUUCUACGAACACCUGCAAAGGUCUUUGAUGGCGUUUCCUCAGCCAAGGAGCUGAAUAAUGCUGAUGAGGGCUUCCAGCGCUUCCUCAGCAUCCUCAACAAAGGAGUUGACAUGGACUUGCUCAGCAGGAUAGUCAAUGACGACAGCGAGGGGCUCCCGAACAUUCAUUCUGAGAGGAACAAGCCGAGCAAAAGCCAGCGAUCGAACAGCGGCACCUCCCGGCCGAGCCCCAGUCGGGACGGCAGUGGAGAGGACAGGACUGCAACGAGGAGCCGAGAAAGGUCCCACAACGAGGGAGUGUCCCUGCCCUAUGAAGACAGGAGGAAGCGUGACGGAGGAGACACCUCUUAUGGGUCCAGUAGACGGUCAAAGUCUCCUAUGUCGGAGAAGAAGAAGAAGAAAGAAGAAGAAACGAACCUAAAGUUGGACGAGCGGCAUGAACAUCUGCAGAAUGUUCUUAAAACUCUGGGCUUGGACCUAGAAGUGGAAGAGAUGAGCAAACUAACAGACCGAACUCAGGAGAGGCUGUACGGGAAGAAGCACGAAAUCAGAAAUGAGCAGGAGAGGGAGCAGAUGGCCUCCUCUUCCUCCUCGUCUUCAUCUUGCUGCUCCUCCUAUUCCUCAAGAUCAACCUCUAGAAGCUGCAGUCCCAGUCCCUCUCGCCACCGUCGCUCCCACAGCAGCGACUCCAGUGACUCCAGAGACUCCAAACCCAGGCUAAAACAAGGAGAGGGCCACCAAGGCAAAGAGCCCCCGAGGCUUGGAGACACAGAGGACAAAGCCUCUGCUUAUCCCCAUCCCUCAUAUCACGCGUAUCCCCCUCCCCAUCCCCCCCCUGGUGCUUUUUCUUCAUUUCCAGCUGCACCUUUGCCUCCGUACUCUCAGUCUACUUCUCUCCACAGUGGUGAAUGCAGCACCGGCUCACCUUCGUAUUGGACUUACAGUCAGGGAGCCCUUCCUGCUCCUUUUUAUUCCAGUGGCUUUUCUAACCCACAGAGCACCUACCAACACUUCCCCCCCACUAAGACAGUCUAUCCGCAAAACAGUAACUUUCAAGACCAUAACUUGCUGGUGAACCCAGACCUGUCUACGAGCGUAGGCCAGAGUGGGUCCACCUCUGGCGCCCGCUGCCUGCAGGCCGUCGGCAGCCGCCCGGCCUCCCAGCGGACGCCGUAUAUAACGCAGCUGACGGGCACGCGGGCGAAGCGGUACCGCCCGAGCCGCGCGCAGAGGAGAUUGGACAGUUGGAGGAGAAAACAACAACAGCUCUACGAAAACCGGAGACAGGAGCCAGUGCCCACCCUGAGAAUGCCCAAAUCAGCCCAGAAGGGUGAAGCCAAGCCGCUGGAGGAGCUUAAACAGCUAACGGAGGAGGAAAUAAAGGCGAACCUGAGGAAAAAGCUUGAGGCAUUUAACCAAAUGGCGAGGCAGAAGGUUUCUCAAGCAGCCUCGUCCCAGCUGCUAACAUCUGUGGAGUGUCAAGAUUAUCUGUGAGCCCCAGAGGAUCUUUUGGAUUUCACCUUUUAACAUUAACGUAUUUCAUAGUAUAGCAGGACUGUCUGAAGCUGCAGUUGCAGAUUUGUACUGACUCUUUCUCAGUUUCUAAGACUUAGAAGAAUAUUCUGUGAAUAAUUCUUUUUGGCUUUAACUAACAUUUCUUCUCUCUCCAUUUCCCCAUUUGUUACUGUUCUGACUCUGUUUCAAAUAAUUCUGUAUAAAUUUCUUUGGACAAAAAACA